AUGGGUCUAUACAGCCGCCGUCAAAACUCCUCCCCUGGCCCCCUUCCUCCCACCAUUUCCCUCCCUCCUGCCUUCAACCACCAUCAACACAACCACCACACCCGCCAUGAAUCAUCUCCUUUCCUCUCCAUUUCCUCACCACCACGUUCUCCUUCUCCUCCUUCCCCCACCAAAGGCCGCCAUAACCGUCGUGACUCAUUACCAUCAUCAUUCCCACCAAUCUCUCCUCCAAAAACCACCAAUCAUGCUCGCCGCGAAUCAUACCCGGGUCCUUUCCCUUCUUUUCCAUCACCUUCAUCUCAAUCUGAACAACCUCCACCUCAAUACCAUUCACGACGUGAAUCAUGUCCAAAUCCAUUUACUUUCCCCGUUUCGCCGCGUAAUGAAUCAAUAGAUCAUACUCUUCUUCCUUCAACAUCUUCAUCUUCAAUUAAUCUCAACCAUCAUCUCAUCAAACGUAGACUCGAUAUUCGAAACAAAGACAAUGACGAUAAUAAUUGUCUUAUAUGGCCGUUUAAUCAUAUUGAUCUUGAUGAUGAUGAUAUAAGAGAAACAGCCUAUGAGAUCUUCUUUGCAUCUUGUCGAUCUUCCCCCGGUUUUGGUGGCCGGAGUGCAUUGACAUUUAUUUCAAAACACGAAAAUGGAGGCGCCGGAGGGACGACUCCAACUCCGGGGACUCCUUCGCAAACUAGUAGGGUGAAAAGGGCUCUUGGGUUGAAGAUUUUGAAAACUUCUUUGUCUCAAAGAAUGGUGUCGAGAGGCACUUGGACAACGUCGUUGUCUACGCCUUCGUCACCUGUGGCUGAUGGUAGUCCGAGGUCGGCUCGCGUUGUGCCGAGACGGGUAAUGACUAUGGCGGAAGUUAUGAGGCUGCAGAUGGGGGUUACGGAACAAAGUGAUAGCCGGUUGAGGAAAACUCUCAUGAGGACCCUUGUUGGUCAACUCGGUCGGCAAGCAGAAACUAUCAUCCUCCCUUUGGAACUCCUUCGACACCUCAAACCAUCGGAAUUCAGUAACCCUCACGAGUACCAUUUGUGGCAAAAGCGUCAGCUCAAGAUCCUCGAAGCAGGGCUGCUCCUACACCCUUCAAUUCCAGUAGAAAAGACCAACACAUUCGCCAAGAAUCUCAAGGAAAUAAUCCGUAGUGGCGAACUCAAACCAAUAGACACAAGCAAAAACUCAGAAACAAUGAGAACCUUUAGCAAUUCUGUUGUGUCCUUAUCGAUGAGAAGUCCGAACGGUGCUCCGACCAAUAUCUGCCAUUGGGCUAAUGGAUUUCCUGUCAAUGUUCACCUCUACAUUUCCCUUCUUCAAUCCAUUUUCGAUCUCGAGGAUGAAACAUUAGUCCUUGACGAAGUUGACGAGUUGCUCGAGCUAAUGAAGAAAACAUGGUCGACACUCGCAAUCAAUAGGCAAAUUCACAAUUUGUUGUUCACAUGGGUGCUGUUUCAACAAUUUGUAGCUACCGGACAGCGAGAACCGGACCUUAUUAUUGCCUCACAUGCUAUGUUGAAUGAAGUGGCGAAUGAUGCUAAGAAAGAAAAAGAUUCUUUUUAUGUUAAGAUGUUGACAUCGGUACUCGGUUCAUUGCAGGGUUGGGCCGAUAAGAGGAUGCUUAACUACCAUCAUUAUUUCCAGGGAGAAUCUAUUAAACAAAUUGAGAACCUUCUUCCUGUGGUGUUGUUGGCAUCAAACGUUUUGGAAAAUGAUACAAUAUCUGAUGGAGAAUGGCAAGUGAAAGGAGGUAAAACUCUAGCAGAUUCCUCUGAGGAUCGCGUCAAUGAUUAUAUUCGUUCGUCGUUGAAAAAUGCAUUUGAAAUGAUGAUAGAAUCUGAAAAUGGCAAAUCAACUGAAUCUGAAACAAAGAAAGAUAUAAGUGAAGUUAUGCUUGAAUUAGCUCAACAGACUGAAGAUUUGGCGACGAAGGAGAGACAAAAUUAUAGUCCGAUAUUAAAGAAAUGGUACCCGAUAGCAGGUGGGGUUGCAGCAAUGACGCUGAACAAUUGCUAUGGACAUGUGCUAAAUCAGUUUCUAAGUGAAAUGAUAAAAACAAUAUCAGUUGAGUUGAUUUUAGUACUGAAGAAGGCAAGAAGACUAGAAGAUAUUUUGGUUCAAAUGGUUGUUGAAGAUUCCGCUGAUUGUGAAGACGGUGGAAAAACCGUAGUAAGAGAGAUGGUUCCUUUUGAAGUUGAUUCAACCCUAUUGAACCUAAUGAAAAAAUGGAUAGAUGAUUCAAAUCAAAAAGGGAAUGAUUUUUUGCAGAAAGCAAAAGAAAGUGAAACAUGGAAUCCGAAGUCUAAAUCGGAGCCUGUUGCGAAAUCGGUGGUGGAGAUGAUGAAUUUGGCCAAGAAAAUUGUGCAGGAGUUCUUUCAAAUUCCAAUUGCAAUAACUGAGGAUUUAGUUCAAGAACUUGCUGAUGCAUUACACAAACUCUUCAAAGAGUACACCAUGUUUAUUGCAGCAUGUGGUUUGAAAGAGAACUACAUUCCGACUCUUCCAGCACUGACAAGGUGCAACAGGAAUUCAAAAUUCCACAAGCUGUGGAAAAUUGCUAGUCCUUGCAAUGUCAGUUGUGAAGAUCCACACAUAUAUGGAAUAUAUGAAUCAAGUCACCCUCACUCGUGCACUAGCCGAGGAACACAACGCCUCUACAUUCGUCUCAACACGUUACACUAUAUGCUUACUCACAUUGCAUCACUCGAUAAAUCGCUCACGCUCACCCAAGGAGUAGUACCUACCGAUCGCAGUGCCUCGACAAAAGGAAAAUCUGGUUCAUACUUUGAAACAGUUACCAACUCUAUCAUAGCAGCCUGCCAACACCUCUCCGAAGUAGCUUCCCACCGUCUCAUAUUCUUUGACUCAAAUGCUUUCUUCUACGAUAGUCUCUACGUCGGUGACGUAGCUAAUGCUCGACUCAACAAUGCUUUAACAAUCCUCAAACAUAAUAUAAAACUAAUGACAGCAAUUCUUACCGAACGAGCUCAACCGUUGUUAAUAAAGGAAAUCAUGAAGGCAUGUUACGAAGCGUUUCUUUUGGUUUUGCUUGCUGGUGGAACAACAAGAAUGUUUAAUGAAUCAGAUCAUGUGAGUAUUCAAGAAGACUUUAAUUCUUUGAAGCAAGAAUUUUAUAGUUGUGGUGAAGAGUUGAUAGCAGAAAGUGUGGUUGAUAAGGAAGGUGAAGUAGUUGAAGGUGUGAUAGGGUUAAUGGGAACUAAUACUGAAGAAUUGUUGGAAAUUUUAAAUAGUUUAUCAAGUGAAAAUGGUGUCAAUGGAGGUAAGUUACCAUUGCCAAUGCCACCAACUACAAGGAAAUGGAAUAGGACUGAUCCAAACACAAUUUUGAGGGUAUUGUGUUAUAGAAAUGAUAGAGUUGCUAACCAUUUCUUAAAAAGGACUUAUCAAAUAGCUAAAAGGAGAUAGAUGACAACAAGACAUGUUACUUAAUACCAAGAUUUUAAAUA